GAAUCGGGUACGGUAGGAACGGCCACGGCAUUGCUACCUCUGGCUACAUCGGCUACGCUGCUAAUUUCGAUCAAGGAGAGGGUACGGCCGAUUAGAGUCGCCCCUUUCGAUACAACUGCCCAGCAGCACGUGAUUCAUAUGUUUAAGCUCUUGGUUCUGCACUGAUGCAAGAUGUAUCAGCUACGCGCGAAUGUUUCAUUAUUCAUUACCAAAUGUAUCGAUGAGACGCUGACAAUAAUCACCUGAUAGAUCACGCGUUUAGACUCAGACUUCCAUUAGAGAACAGCAGUCCAUUCCCAAGACACGUAUUCCAUCCGCAUCCGCCAUUUCCUGUUCCAUGUCAGAAUACAGGAACUAUGACGAAGACCUUGACAUAUUCGAUGGCAUAUUGCUCGCUCUUACACGCUCGAACGCUUAAAUAGUGCAAACGACGAAUUAUCGACCACAUCGCGACUGUAUCUGUGUAACUUAACGUGUAUAUACGGCACAGGCAGACGUUAGAGGCCCGUGACUUCCCAACAAAGAGCUCCAACUGACAAGAGUCGAAGCGAAAACUUUCGUCACGGCCGGGGGCCAAUCAUCGGCCAAACCGCCGCUGCUGGAUGUUAAUCAAUAAGAAUCUUUUUCCGCGGUUGGUUCGUCCGAUACCGUGGAACAUGGAUCCCCUCGACUCGAGAAUUUAGAAGCAACUAUAUAACAGCAAAUCAGAAGGACGAGUACAUCUCGCAGAAUGGACACGUGCGGGGUCUACUUGUCUCAACUACGAGCGAUGCUCGUGAGGAAUCUCUUGUUGAAGAAGCGCGAGAAGCGGAAGACUACGGCGGAGAUUUUCCUCCCCCUUUGUACCCUAGGAGUGUUGAUAGUAGUAAAAGUAUUGCCACCAAAUCCAAAUUAUCCCGCAAUGACAACGCAGAGGCAGGAGGGUGGUAUAUUCGAGACGUUCAAUGGCUACAAGAACAAUACGAUAGCCGUUGUUCCAAACUCAACAGAAACUUUGACCUUUUUAAAUUCGAUGAAUACCUUAUGGUUAUCAAUGUGGGACUAUCCUGGCAAACUUCCUUUAAAUUUCAUGGUGUUUGAUACGAAGGAUGAUCUGCAAGCGGCAUACUGGAGAGACCCAUAUAGUGUACCUUUGGCAGUAAUCUUCGAGGAUUCUAAACCUAUAUCUCAGCAUCUAUUGUAUGAGAUAAGAACUAAUCCAUCAUAUACGAAUCCACCUUCACCGACUGAAUUAUAUUCCGCCCCAGUUACUUGCCGAAAAGAUACGAGCCACUGGUUGGGUGGCGUAUUGUCGAUAGAGACUGGUGGAUCAUGUCCUGUGAAUAAUUAUUUGCACUCAGGUUUCCUGGCAUUACAAAUGAUAGUGGAUAUUACAAAGAUAAGAUUAGACACAGGGAAUACAGAUUUAACUGUACCAGAUAUCAAACUAGAAAUGUUCCCUAAAGAAGCUUUCACCGCAGACUGGAUGCUGGCCUUUAGAGUUGUUAUACCUCUUUUUAUGGUCCUGGCUCUUUCGCAAUUUGUCACUUACCUUCUGAUCCUGAUAGUCGGUGAGAAAGAGAAAAAGAUCAAAGAAGGAAUGAAGAUAAUGGGCCUAAAAGAUUCGAUAUUCUGGUUAUCGUGGUUCAUUAUCUACAGCGUUUUUGUCUUAUUACUCUCUGCUGUUGGAGUAAUACUACUGUUUACAUUACAAAUGUUUCAACACACACACUUUUUACCAAUAUUCCUUUUGGUAGUGCUCUAUAGUUUCUCCAUAAUCAUGUUCGCUUUUAUGAUAACACCCUUCUUCGAUAAAUCACGAACUGCCGGUGUGCUUGGCAAUUUCGCAGUCACGAUAAUGAGCUUGAUGUACUUUAUUCAAGUCUUUAUAAAUGACUCUAGCUCAGUCCCGUUUUGGUUAGUCUCUCUUCUUAGUCCAACUGGCGUUGCUUUGGCUAUGGAUAAGGCUCUUGUACUAGAUCUACAAGGAGAGGGAGUCAACUUUGACAAUCUUUGGUCAGGUCCUGGUAUACCAUUUGGGGGAAGUCUUAUUAUGAUGACUUUAGAUAUAAUUCUCUAUGCUUGCUUAGCUUACUAUUUUGACUCUGUUAUACCAAGUGAAUAUGGAACAAAAAGGACUCCCUGGUUUUGCUUCACGCCUGAAUUUUGGUGUCAGAGAAAAGCACCACGGGUACCAUCAUCGAACGGUGAGUCGAAUUCUUUCAUCCCUGGUGAAGAAACUAACCGUGACGUUGAGCCUGUAGUCCGUGAAAUGAAGGGUCGUGAAGCAAUUAGAAUAGUCGAUCUUUACAAAUCUUACCAGAAGUGUCGUAAAGCAGAAAUUAAAGCCGUGAAUGGUAUUAAUUUAACUAUUUACGAGGGUCAAAUUACGGCGAUACUUGGACACAAUGGAGCUGGCAAAACAAGUCUUUUCAAUAUAUUAACUGGCCUGACCGCACCUACCGCUGGCACUGCUUUAAUAUUUGGUUACGAUGUUCGAGAUUCUAAUGAUAUGCAGAUGAUUAGAAGUAUGACUGGUGUUUGUCCACAACAUGACAUCCUUUUCGAUCUUCUCACACCUCGCGAGCAUCUUGAAUUCUUCGCUGCUGUACGUGGCAUCCCAAAAUCGAUGAUUGAACACGAGGUAAAAAAGACUUUGAAAGAUAUUGAUUUAACUGAGAAAGCAGAUACUUUUGCAAAAUAUUUAAGCGGGGGGCAAAAGAGAAAAUUGUCUGUAGGUAUCGCCAUUAUCGGUGAUCCGAAGAUUAUUAUCCUCGAUGAACCAACAGCUGGAGUUGAUCCCUACUCUAGGAGACAGAUGUGGUCUUUCUUACAGUCUAGACGUCACGGAAAAGUGAUUCUAUUGACGACCCAUUUUAUGGAUGAAGCAGAUAUAUUAGCUGAUAGGAAAGCAGUUAUUAGCAAAGGAAAGCUGAGGUGCUGUGGCAGUUCUUUGUUCUUAAAAAAUAAAUUUGGCAUCGGAUAUCACUUAACGUUAGUACUUGAAGGAAAUGCGAGAGAACACGCCAUUACCAGAUUAGUAACAUCUCAUGUAUCGAAAGCAGAAAAGGCAAGACGUCAUGGACGCGAACUGAGUUUUAUUUUACCUCACAAUUCAGUGGAAAGCUUCGCACCACUUUUCUCAGCUAUAGAACAUGAGAUCAAAACUCGGUCAAGUAGAUUAGGCAUCAGUAGUUACGGAGUAUCAAUGACUACUUUAGAAGAAGUAUUUCUGCAUUUAGAAAAGGACGAAGGCCCUGAGUAUACUAUGGAUAAUUUAUCAAAAAAGAUGGUGCGCAAUCGUGCAUUAAGCAGAUCUUUAUCAUUGCAAUCUAAGAGUACUUCUUAUCAGAGUUUGCAGAACGAAGGUGUUACUGUUCAGAAUGACGGUCAAGCAAAAGAGGCAGGAGAUUUACCGGAUGGCGUUCAUAAUGAUAGGAAUCCUCCUGUUCUUGGCCUCGGAUUAGACCCCAUAAAAAUUCGGCCUAACUUCCUUCAAACCUUAUAUGCUAUGCUUCGCCUAAGGAUACUCAGACUCUUUAGAAACAUCCAGCUAUUGUACUUCACUAUCGUUGCGCCUCUUUUUCUAGUAGUUGUUGGCCUUCAUUUAAAUAGCAUUCAAACAGUUGAGGUCAAGAUGCAUUCUCUUAAAUUGAAUACCGACACCUACGGAAAUGAGACCAAAAUUUUGUACGCGAAUAAUACCGACCACGACAUCACAGAUUUAAUAGAUGGAAUAAGUCAAAAUGUAAAGAACAUUGAAGAAUAUUAUGGAAAUUUUGCAAAUUUGUUAAAAAUUGCACCACACAUAGCUGCUUUUAACAUCACUGAGUAUAGUUUAUCUAGAAUCAAUUUAACUGUCGCAUAUAACGACACCAUGCAACAUUCCCUACCAAUCUUAAUAAACCUAUUAUCAAACACUUAUUACAGAUUGAUCUCGGAUGAAGAUAAUACAAAACCAAUUGAAGUUAAGACACAUCCUUUUCAGCAAACUUCUCAGCCACAAGAAUUCAAUAUUGGCACAGCGAGUUCCGCUUUGUUUAUUGGAAUGAAUUUUGUAUUGUUACCAAUAACUUUAGUUGUAGACAUGGUCUACGAUCGUGAAAUAAAAGCGAAGAAUCAGCUUCGUGUCAAUGGUCUGUCUUUUUCUAUGUACUUUCUGACGUACUUUAUUGUACUUGUCGGCCUGAUGACUUUCAUUUGUUUAUGUAUUCUUGGCAUCAUAUUUCUCUUUGACGUGCCUUCGCUUCAAGAAAUACCAGCUCUUAUUACUUUAGGUGGUCUUCUGAUGCUUUAUUGUCCAUCAUCCAUUCUAUUCUCGACAUGUUUGAGUUAUAUCUUUGAUAAGAUGGAUUCUGCUCAAAGUAUUUUGCCGAAUAUUGCAACUUUCAUUGGGCUUAUACCGUUUAUACUAGUCACAAUUCUUGAUAUGCUGGGCCUUAGUGGAACAGCAGCGUUCAUUCUACAUGUAAUUUUUUCUUUACUGAACACAUUGUACGUACCAUAUGCUGCAGUGUAUUAUGUAGAAAGAGUACAUCUAAUGUGCUCUAUUAAUGCUGCUUGCCAUCAUUUAACUAUGUCUGAUUAUUUAACCACGGAAAUCAUUUUAAUGGCCUUUGGCGUGCUUCUGCACUGCCCGGUGUGGUUUUUCGUGCUUUUACUGUUAGACAUUAAAAAAAGUGGUGGUAAUGUUAGCGAUAUAUUGAAGCAUUUCCUGCGUAAUGGCGGAUCGAUUGGUGAGGAAAUAAUGGAAAACUCUGACGUUGGUGAACACGAAGAUGCAGACGUUAAAGCAGAAAAGCAGAAAGUCUUCAAUUUAAUUAGUUCAUCAUCCGUUCAAGAGCCACCUGUAGUUCUAGUACAGAAUUUGAGGAAAGAAUAUCGACAAAAAGAUACAGGAUCAUGCAGUUGUUGUUCAAAACAAGAUGAAGAAGCUAGUCAAAUACAACGAAAAGUUGCUGUAAGAAACCUUUCGUUAGCGGUUGAACCAGGGGAAGUAUUCGGUUUAUUGGGUCACAGCGGUGCUGGCAAAACGACAACAAUGAAGAUUAUUAUAGCUGAAGAAGCAGCCAGUCGAGGCAGAGUGCAGAUCGGUGGUCAUAAUAUUAAUUCAAGUAUGACAGAAGCUUUUAAACAAAUGGGAUAUUGUCCCCAACACGAUGCUCAAUGGAAGAAUAUUACUGUUAGGGAACACUUGGAAUGUUACGCCGCCAUUCGUGGUGUACCAUGGAGUGAUAUCGGCAGAAUCGUGGAUUUAUAUCUUACUGGUUUGCAAAUUCACGAACACGCCGACAAACAAACUCAGGAAUGUUCGGGUGGAACUAGAAGGAAACUUAGUUUUGCCAUGGCAAUGAUCGGAGGUCCAAAAGUUGUUUUAAUGGAUGAACCUAGUGCGGGAAUGGAUCCUAGGUCAAAAAGGUUUUUGUGGGAUACAAUUCUUGCUAGUUUUCAGGGUGGUAGAGGUGCAAUUUUAACCACUCAUUCAAUGGAAGAAGCUGAUGCUCUCUGUUCCAGAGUGGGUAUAAUGGUGAAAGGAGAGUUAAGAUGCAUUGGCUCUACUCAGCAUCUCAAGAAUUUAUAUGGCGCAGGCUAUACCCUUGAAAUGAAACUCUUAGGCGGUGAUUGUACACCAACGACACCCUCCGGUGAUAGAAUUACUAGUCUGAAAGAAUUUGUUUCCAGUCUUUUUCCAGAUGCAACUCUCGAAGAAAGUUUUGCCGACAGAUUAGUUUUUGCUGUUCCUCAACAUGCAGUCACCUCGCUGGCCGAGUGUUUCACGCAGUUGGAGAAAGCCAAGCUCGAGUUAGAUAUCGAAGAAUACAGUUUUAGCCAAACUACUUUGGAGCAAGUUUUCCUUAAAUUUUCCCACUAUGACGAAUCUAAUUCAGGAGAAUGAUGACUCACACAAACGAGUGUAUUUAUUCCCAUGUGCUGUAUAGUGAAAUACUCAUGGAACUGCUCAACUUGUGCAAAAAGUGUAAAAAAUGUUAUUCUUGAAAGAAGUGAUUUGUUCUUUAGUGUUCCCACAUACUACUGAAAAUCACGAAGACAGAAACGAUUUCUGCAUUCUAAAAUAUCAAGCAUAUUCUAAUAGUUACGUGAAAAGACUUUAUAUUAUCUUUGGAUGCAAACUUUGAAGAUUACCGAUCCUAUUUUGAUCCUCGAGGAUUCUGUGAGUGAAAGAAAACGUAUUUUUACGAUAUACAUCGAUCGACCUAAUUGCUAAAAAAAAAAUUAGAUAUUUUUUUUUGAGCCGAUGUAUCGUAUCGUUACGUUCGUCAGAAUUAAACAGUGACUUCCUGAAGAUAAAUUGAAAAUGGACAUAUGUGUAAAAUUAAUUGAGCUGUAAAUAGUGGAAAGCUGUGAACGAUUUAUUCGGUUCAAUCUGCAAGAAAAAGGAGUAACAAUACUACUUAAAUAGUAAUAUUCAUAAUUUUGAAAUUAUAUUGUAAUAUAGUCUAUUAUUCGAUUCCUACGGAUAUUACGAAUAGGUCUCAUAAUUAAUAUUGCUGUGGAAUUGGAACAUUAUUAUCAUCAUUAUAAGAAUAAUAUUAAACAUUGACAGGGAAGGAAACAAGAAUCCAAGGAUCAAUAUUAAAUUCUUUUUAAAUGCAGUGAAUUCAAUGAAUUACCUAUUUACAUUGAUAAAAUGUAGAAACACAAACACCUGUAUAUUCAUUUUAGUGAUAUUUAUGAUUGCUCGUGGUUAUUUCGAGCACUGUUAAAAAAAGAAAUAGCAUCGUUGUUCAGAAAGGGUGCUAUUAUAUCGAGAAAGGCUACGUAACAUACAAUCGGGGCAGUUUGAUUUGAGCAUAUAAAAUAGUGUGUAGUACGUAUUUAUAAAUACUUCUCCAAUUCGCUUAUGGUCUUUACCGAAGCCUUUUGAAUAACGAAAAAUGAAGUUGAUAGGUUGUUAAUCUUGCCUCGGUAGCACGUAAGACGAUAAUUUAAUACAAGACUUCUGUGGCAGAAGCAAGCGAAGUAUGAUAGAACAACUUGAAUUCAGUAAAAUAUAUUACAAGAAAUUUUAAAUAGUCCAUGAAUCAUUUCAUAAUUUAUGUUAAGAAAAACUACAUUAUGACAAAAUUAUUUAUAACUAUCUUUUUACACAAUUUUCUGUUCAAUGUUAUAAUUUAAUUGUUCAUUUCCCAACGUUCUUAUUUUUCUAGAGAAUAUUUCAUUUUUUACUGCAAAUGCAAAUCUUCAGUAAAUAAGAUAGUAUGAUAAAAACGAGUUGAAAACUAACAAAAAACAAUAAUUUUUUAUUAUAUUAUGUGAAGCUGCAUUACAUUGAACCCUAUUUAAGAGUGGACUUUAAAAAUAAAUCUAAAAAGGGUUAGAUAUUUUGUUCUGUAUGAUCAAGAGGGCCUGGUAUGUGUUAAGAAUGAUUCGUUUAAAAAGUAAAAAGAAAAAUAUUUAAAGAAAGACUUAGUUGUCAUGCUAGGGAAAAAUAUGUGCUCUCAAAAUUUUUCAUCGGAGAACAAAUUUUUUUAGAUAUUUAUGUGCGUACACUCGAUCUUCCGUGGUAAAAAAAAAAAUAAAAUAAAAAAACUCUAAAAAAUUAAACGGAAGGAAUAGUAGGAGCACUGGUUGGAGGACUGAAUGAAAUAUUUUGUAGAUUAUAGUGCAUAGGUAGUCAAAAAAUAAAAAUUUCAUUGUGUAAGAAGGUAUUGAUUUUUGUAAAUAAAACUCGAUGUAAGAAAGAUUCUUACAUGUAUAGGAAAUGUAAAAUGAUGAAAAAACGUACGCUAAUUGUGCAUACGCGUAUUUAUAAAGGGAUUGUGUACGCACAAGUCUCAUUCUAGCUAAUACCACAUUAAUAUAAAAUUUAGUCAAUUAUGGAAUUAACAUGAAUGAAAGGAAAAACUGCAGAUAAUUUUAUGAAAAUUAUAUAUAUAAAUAUAUAAAUAUACGUAUAUUUAUAUAUUUAUAUAAAACAUAAUAUAUACAUAUAUGUAUAUCAUUUUUUAACAACAUUGAUUAUGUUUUAAGUAUAUCAUGACUACGAAAUGUAUGGGAAUAUUAUAAAACAUUCCUAAACACAACUACUGUUGUUGCAUUAAGAAAUAGAACAUAACUUAAAUUCACGCUAAGUGAUCUUUAUUUUUUUUUUGUCUCUAGUUAUAUCUACAUAAUAUAUUCUCUGCUCAUACUAAUCGCCACUUUUUGGCUUUUCCUGUUACGGCUCAUUCAUAUUCGUUGAGUUUUUCACAUCGAUCGAUAUAUAUGUAUAUAUACAUAUAAUAAAUUAUAUAUGUGUAUAUAUAUUAUUAAUAUAUAUUUAUAUUUAUGUAAUUAAAGAGUUUGCAAUGAGAAUUGGAAUGACUAUUGAUUCUUAGAUUUUCUUAAAAAUUUUAUGAAACUAAAUUUGCAAACCAUUCAAUUUGUUUAUGAAUAAAACAUAAAGUAAAGUUGCUUCUAGUUUAAAACAAAAAAAGAAACUUCAAAUUUCUCUGCGUGAGCAAUUUUAUUGUAUUUCAGAUAUAUCAAUUGUUUCACAGAUGUGUGAUAUCAUUCAUAAGAUUAAAUCUUCAAUUUUAGAAGGAAUAAAAUAUUUCUUUCAAAUGAAAGAAUUUGGAACUAAAAAUAGAGGACACACAAUUCGCUUUUAGUGCAAACCCUUUGAUUCCUUGUAAAGAUACAUCAUUAAAUUGAUUUGAUCUUUAUCGUUGCUAUUUAAAGUUUCCACGUUCUUUACAUUUGUUUGCAAUAUUAGCUAUUGAAAUGUAUAUAGAGAGACGAUGCAAAUGACCAUAAGUAUAGUCAAAACUUAAUGACUUAUAUAAGUCAUUAGUACAUAUGAUUUUCUAGAAAUAAUAUAUACAUAUAUUCGUAUCGAGACACUACUCGUAGGCCAUUGUUAAGCCGACUUUCUCAACGAAAAAAUCGAAGCAAAAGGAAGAAAAUUUUUGCACACACACACACACCUACACACCCACACCCACACCCACACAUACACAUACACAUGCGCGCACGAUCACACACAUGCAUGCACGCACUCAAGCACUCGCGCGCGCGACCGGUCAUCGGAUAAGGAUUUCGCGCGUUUUGAUAGAUGCACUCAUACACUCAAAGACAUUAAGAGAGAAAGAGACUCAUGUAUAGGUACGACUAUUAAAGGAAAAAAAAAAAAUAAUGCGAUUAUCAUCAAUAAAAGAAAAAAAAGCUACACGUCGAAUCAUCCUGUCGAUGAACGGUUGACUUUAAGCGGAACUAUAAUAUUUGUUGUGUAAAGUACAUGUAAUCGAUUGGUUAAAUGGAAGCUUUUUCACCAAUAAAAAGAUGAUCAGUUAAACAUUUA